AGAUUGACAGAAAGAGAAACACACAUACAUACACACACGCUCACUCUCACUCUGCUACACAGAUACUCGCUCUCACACACACACACACACUCAAGUGUUCAGAAAGGAAAGCUGAGAGAAACAACGGGCAUGAAGAGCACGCCGUACAUGGCAGAGAUUUACCCCGGUGGGCAGCUUCACCACUUCGUUGACGGAUAUGACGUGCAGCGCAGCAACUGGAUGCGUUUCGUCAACCCGGCCCAUUUCCCGUCCGAGCAGAACCCGGUGGCCUGUCAGAACAGACGCGAUGUCUUGUUCUACGCUAUCAGGCCCGUGGAUCCCCGGCACGAGCUGCUCGUGUGGUACAGUCCGGACUUCGCAAGGAGACUGUCUGGACAUGCGGAAGAACAAACGGCCAGCAUGAAGCUGAAACCCUUUGGUGGUGAUGUGAGUGAAGUUGACCUCCAGAAACACCUACCUCAGUGGACCUGCCAUCCCAAACAGGCAUCGCACCUUCACAACCUUCACAGGCAGGAAGAUCUAACAAAGGAAGGGAAGAACGAGGUUGAGGAAGCUGAGGAGAAAAUCGAUGUGGAGGCCAUCGAGCAGGACACGCCGCCCAGCUCUCCAGAUCAGCACUUGAUGGACUCCAGUAAGAAGUAUUCUGAGGACAGCACAGACAAAUUACGUCCUAAGCAUGUUUCCCAGUCAUGCCCUGACCGAGACCUUCCACAGCAUCCCCAAACCUAUUACAGCCCCAGAGAAGGCUUGACCCCAUACCCUGCUCUGCCACACACCUACCACUUUUUGCCUCCUUUUGACCCUCAUUAUCCCCAACUUAUUCUUAGUCCUUACACACCCUCCCUGCCUUCUAUGCCACCUCCAAGAGGACCAUUCGACUACAGCAAUGUUCUGACAAGUGAAGCAUUGCCCUUUUCAGCGAUGCCUCAGCCAAGCCUGCGCCCUGUAAAUCUUCCUUACCCUGCCCUAUAUCCUCAAGAGCGGCCAGCAAAUACGUCACCUCCACAGGGUGCUCCGGCCACCCCCGAACUCUCCCCCCUCAUGAAGCAAUCCCCUGCGUCUGACCAUUCUUGUGAGGAUGCCAUUAACCUCAGCAUGGCGGCUACAACAAAGAUCAACUCUCUACCAUCAUCCUCAUCAUCAUCGGUGUCACCUCACGGUCCGGGGUACAAGUCGCUGCCGUACCCACUAAAGAAACAGAAUGGAAAGAUCAAGUAUGAAUGCAAUGUCUGCUUCAAGACCUUCGGUCAGCUGUCCAACUUGAAGGUUCACUUGAGGGUGCACAAUGGAGAGAGGCCAUUUCAGUGUCUGUUGUGUAAAAAGAGUUUCACCCAGCUGGCACACCUACAGAAACACCAUCUUGUCCAUACUGGAGAGAAACCCCAUAAAUGUCAGGUGUGCCAGAAGCGUUUCAGCAGCACCAGCAACCUGAAGACUCAUCUGCGUCUACACUCAGGAGAGAAGCCCUACCAGUGCAAAGUAUGUGGCACCAAAUUCACACAAUACAUCCAUCUGAAGCUGCAUCGCCGCAUGCACAGCUCGAGCGAGCGACCUCAUUGCUGCCCGUUGUGUCACCGUGGCUUCCUCCAUCACUUUUCUCUCAGGCUCCACCAUCGCUCGGGAUGUUGCACCACCAGUCAACGGCCUGAAAGUCCUGAGCUGAGGUACGCUGCUGAGAUACUUGAGCGAUUCGAUGUCAGCGCAGAGGCUGAAGCUCUCACAGAGAAAUCGUCAGAGACCGAAGUCCAAGCUGCUCUGGACAGGUGGCUGGAGCUGGAUGACCAACCCAAACCCAGCCACUUCAAAGCUUCUCAUCCUGACCUGUUGAAAACCUCGGGACCGAUGCAAUGGCAAGAGCGAGCCAGCGUUGUGCGGUUCGGUGGGGAAGGAAGAGUAUAAGAAGAAAGAAUAUUUAAACCAGAAGGCCCAGAAGUUGUCAGAAAUUUAGUGUGUAACAGCUCAGGCCAAAAGAUAUACUGAGAAGACGAUCGAUAAUCCAAGGCAAGCUGCACCAAAUACAUUAACAGCAUUUCCAAAGAUAACCCCACUUAAGUCUUCUGAGAGUGAAGGCGAUCAGUUAUUUUCAUGAACUUUUUAUUUUGUUUUGUUUAGCGUGUUUGUAAGUUCAUAUUAAUUUAUUACUCUCAGUACUAUGUGUUUGACUUUGGAAGUGUGUAAAUGCAAUUUUUGUACACUGUUGUUUGUAUUUUGUUUUUGCUGUUGUUUGGAAAAUUAAAUUUUUUUUCUUAGGAAA